GGGGGGCAGUAGGUCUGGGGGGACAAUCAGUGGCAACAUUGGAACAGAGCCAGGGAUGGGGGCACAGUCAGUCAACACAGCCACCAGGUUGCUAGGGAGGAAUCUGUUGUUGCCAUGAACACCAUGGAUGGGCCAUUUGCUAUGGUGGGCUCCAUGCUUGCUACAAAGAGGCUGUUACUGUGGAGACUGGUGGGGCUACAUGGUUGCCAGGGAGGAGGAUGGGGUUGCCAGGGGGAAUUCCAUGGUUGCCCCAGAGAAAGUUGAUAUUGCUAGGGAGAAUUCCAAGGGGUUGCUAGCAGGAUAUGGCUGCUAUGCAGCCAGGGCGGGGGGGUAGACGCAUGAAAUUCUGCGGUUAACCUGUAUAACAAGAUUGUCAUGGGAUCCCAUGGCUGCUGGGAAGGAUAUAGUUCCCCUGCCCAACCCUCCCUUCUUCUAGCUCUAGGGCUCCUCCCCUUCCUCCCUCUCCCAGCUCCAGAUAUGGGCAGCUGAACCCAGGCAUCCAUCUAGGGGCAGCUUUUUCUACUCUUCCCAAGGGCCUAAGGGGAACCUAGAGCAGGGUGCACUGGGUGCCCAUACUCCUGGGUUUUCUGGGAGGGGAUUUGGGGGCUGCGGGGUAUGGGAAGAGUGCUCUGGGAGCCCAGAGACCUGGGCUAUAUUGUCUGCAGCACAGCUGCUGAGGAAGGACCCUGUGUGGGGAACCUUCAAGGGGAUGAAAUCUGAUGCCUUCAUUUAGGGGAGGAGCGAGUCAAUGACGUUGUAGGCCUCAAAGUAAUAUCAUAGGGCCUGGGAAUGGGAAACCCCCAACCUGGAAUCUUACAGCUGGGGGUAGCCCUGGGAUGGGGCACCAUGGGGCCCUGGUGGGGGCUGUGAGUUGGAAGUGAGGGGCACCACCGGAAGUGGGGGGUGCAGGUCAGGAGUGAGGGUCACAGUGGAGUUAUGAGGGGUAUGCAGGUCCAGAGUGAGGGGCACCACAGAGUUGGGAGGAGGGGUUGUAGGUCAGGAGUGAGGGGCACUGCAGGGCUGGGGGUCAAACACAAAGGACAGUAGGAGGGGAUGUGGGUCAGAUGUGAGGGGUACUGGGGGGGCUGCAAGUCAAGAUUGAGGGGAAUGGGAGGGCUUCAGGACUGGAGUAAGGGACAGUACAGAGUUGAGAGCAGGGCUCUGUGGGACUAUGGGGGCAGGCUUCGGGUCAGGUAUGAGGGGCUGCAUGGGAUUUUGGGAGGGCUGUGGGUUGGGAGUGAGGGGCACUGGAGGGGGACCUGUGGGUCACGACUGAGUCAUAAUUUACCCCCCAUUCACUGUUCCCUUUUCAUGGGGGGGGCAGUGAAUCUCAUGCUGGGAGAGGGCAGGGGGUCCCCUAGAACACCAGGGUCUUCAGGGCCUUUGAACAUAGAUUUGAGACCCCCUCCAAGAAGUGCCCAUGUCACUAGGUGGCAGGCCCCACACCAUUUAACCCCCCUGGCCUGGGGGUCAGUGAGGAACUCCCCUGGGCCUUGCCCCCACCCCAUCUCAGCCACAGGGACCCUAUCCCCCCAGCCAGAUUUGGGCCCAGCUGGUCUGGUACUAGGCUGAACUCAAGCCUGGUCCUGGUGCCAUGACAACUCAAGCCUGAUGCCCCUGCCAUUGCUCCUGUUCAAGGGAGGCACAGCCCAGUCAGACCAGUUGGGGUCCUCUCAGCUUGGCCUAGUCAGACCAGUUUGGCUCCCAGUCCAACCCAGUCUGACCAGUUCAGCCCCCAGCAACCCCCCCUCCCCCACCCGGGUCAGAUUUGGGUCUGAGUGGGGACACUAAACUAGACUGAACUUGGACCUGGUCCUGUUGCCAUGGAAACUCAAAUCUGUUGCCCCUAAUAUUGCUCCCAUUGUGGGGAGAAAGGGAGGCAGGGCACAGUCCAGUCAGACCAGUUUGGCCCACUCCCAACUUGGCCCAGUCACAUCAGUUUGGACCCUAGCCUGGCCCAGUCACAUCAGUUCACCCUCCCUCACCAACCCACUUGGCACCUCUCAGCCUGGCCCAGUCAGACCCGUUCACCCACUCCCCCACCCCCGCUUCGGCUGCUGGCACCACAAGAUCAAGUUUCUUUUCCUUGGAAGCCACCAACUUCCUCAUUUCUGCACCCACCCUUCCCCCACUCCCAGCUCUUUCUUUCCUCCUUGGGACCACCACGGGCCUCGCCCUUGCAAGGAAAUCAUCCCUGUUUCCCUCUCCUUCCUGGGCCUGGCAGGGACAGACAUGGGGCUGCCCUGAAACCAACCCCACACCACCCCCUAUCCAGCCUGGGCACUGGGACUAGCAACACUGGAUCUGUGGUGCCCCUCACUCCUGACCUGCAGCUCUUCUCCGUGGUGCUUCGCACUCCCAACCUACAGCCCCUUCCACAGGCCUACAGUGACCCUUACCCCUGACCCACAAGCCUCAUCCCCCCGCUUAAUGGUGCCCCUCACUCCUGAUCUGCUGCCUUCUCUGUGGUGCCCCUCACUCCUGAGGCACAGCCCCCACUCCACAAUGGUGCUUCACUCCCAACCUAUAGCACCCACCCUGCAAUACCCCUUACUCCCAACCUGCAGCUUCCCCUUGUGGUGCCCCUCACCUGCAGCCCACCCAUCACCCCAUGGUGCCUCUUACCCCCGCCCUCCCCGUCACCCCAUGCUGCCCUUCACUGUUGCCCUUCAUGCUCGACCAACAGUUUCCCACAUCAUGCUGAGUCAGGCUCUUGGCGACGUCCUGGGUGGGGCGGGGCUGGUGCACAUUGCCCUUCUCCCCCUCCCCUGACCAGCCCAGAGGCUGUCUUGGGAGUUGUCUGUGUAGCUGCAGUGUUGGCCUGUUGUCUGUCCAUCUGGGUCCAUGGAUGGUCCGUGGACCAUGCCCCUGCUCCUGACAGCUGCCUGCCUGGCCUGGGGCCUGCUGCCCCCAGCAGGUGCACAGAUCGGGUGGUGCUAUGUAGACUUUGCGGAUGGUGCCUGCCGAGACCUACUGGGUGAGGGGGUGGCUGAGGGCGACUGCUGCCUCCACCCACACUCCCUGCCCCAGCCAGACGCCCCCUGCCAGGCCUGCGGGCCAGCUGUGUGGGGGGCCUGGUCACCAUGGGGUCCCUGCUCAGUAUCAUGUGGGGAAGGGGCCCAACGCCGCCAGCGCAUGUGCCAAGGCCGGGAGGGCUGUGCUAGAGGGCUGCGGCGCCAGCGUGAGGUCCAGGCCUGCACCCCCAGCCCCUGCUGCCCUGUGGUGGGGGGUUGGUCACCAUGGUCGCCAUGGGGCCCCUGCUCGGUGACGUGUGAGAGUGGGGAGCAGCACCGCACCCGGACCUGUACGGAGCCCCCACCAGCCUGUGGCGGCGUCUGCCCUCCUGGGUCAUCCAGCGAGAGCCGCCCCUGCCGUGACCCCCGGCCCUGCCCCACACAUGGAUCAUGGGGCCCCUGGGGGCCGUGGGGCCCCUGUUCCAACACGUGUGCCCCUGACGGCCCUGGCCCACGGCCCAGUCAGCGCCGCCAGCGCCUGUGCAACAGCCCUGCACCCUCCCAGGACCCCCCUGGCCAGCCCUGCCCUGGCCCCAGCACCCAGGACCAGUCCUGCACCAACCUGCCCUUCUGCCCAGUGGAUGGUGCGUGGGGUGCAUGGACAGCAGCUGCCCCAUGCCCCGUGACCUGCGGGCUGGGGAAGGUGACACAACGCCGGGCAUGUGACAGCCCCACACCCCAGCAUGGUGGGACCCCUUGCUCUGGCCCCAAUACACAGCCAAACAUCUGCAACACACACCAGCCCUGUCCAGUGGACGGGCACUGGUCAGAGUGGUCAGCUUGGACACAGUGCUCCCGCCCGGGCUUCACAAGCCGCAUCAACUGCCAGGAGAUCAUAGGGCAGCAGAAGCGCACUCGAGUGUGCGAGGGGCGUGCACACAAUGGGCAGCGCUGCCCGGGCUUCACUACCCAGGAGAUCCGCUUCUGCUACAAUAUGCAGCUCUGCAGCUUGCCGGGGGCCUGGUCCGAUUGGAGCCCCUGGGGGCUCUGUCUCCCGCCCUGCGGCCCCUCCCCCACCCGCACCCGCCUGCGCCAGUGUCUUCCCGUCCUGCCCAAGUACCCGUUGGUGACGCAAGGGGUGGGCGGGGCUGGCAUCGUGAACAUCACGUUCUGGGGUCGGACGCUUGCAGCCUGCGAGCCCCUGCAGGGUCAGCGCCUGCAACUGGAGGAGGUGGUGCCUUGCAAACAUGUGCCACCCUGCGACGAGGACGCCGAGGAAGAUGAGGGGAUCUUGAAGCCGCGGUCGCCUGGCGCCUACGACCCCAAUGAGGAGGCCGAGGAGCUGGACUUAGGCAUAGCCGAACCGUGAAGCCAGCUCUGACCCCCCCCCCCCCCACGAUUCGGGGGGGGGGCGACCAGAGGAGC